AUGCGCGAAGUCAACUUCAGCAUCCCCAACGCCAACAAGGCCUCGGUCGGCAUCACCACCGCCCUCUAUGACCGCCGUGCGCUCGACUGCACCUCGACCCUCCCGCUCAUCAACUCGCUCAACCAUCUCGCCUAUCUGACCACAUCGUCGGCACGCAUCAGGGACAUCCUCACCGUCGAUGGCGGCAUCGAGCGCCUGAUCUGCAUCCUCAAGGAGGGCCGGAGCAAGGACAUGAUGGACAUGUGGAAGUGGAACCUGGCCUUCCAGUGCAUCUUCAACAUCGGCGUACGGGGCUCAGAGAACGUCAGGACCCGUGUGGUUGAGGCUGACAUGGUCCCCGUCAUCGCUACGAUCCUCGACAACUACAUCAAGGUUGUCGACAAGUACAGGGCGCGAGCUGAGGCUGAGCUGCACCGGUCUGCACGACUGGGCGGCUCCAGCCGACACCACUCAUCGCGCUCUGGCGAGAUGGCCUCUGGCUCUGGUCACAGGUCGGAGCGCUCGCGGCGUGCUAUUCCUCCUCCCAUUGACAUCCCUCAGCUGCCCCCGCACGCUGGCUUGACUCCAGCCCAGAUUCCUGUCCUCGACGCUGCGAUGGAUGGGAACCACAUGCCUGCUUUUGCGUUGAGCUCUCCGCCUGAGCGCACCACAUUCAACCGCGAACGACCGUCACACCACCACCACCACCACCACCACCAUCAGCACACCCACAGGCCACUCCACGAGACACGGACGCCGCUGUUCGGCGCCGCUACUCGCAACCUCGGCCAGCCACUUGUCACCGCCAUACCGUCCAUGGACGCAACAGCAGACGGUUUUGCGCUGCGGCCCGUGCGAGAUGCUGAUCGACUGCCCUCCAUGCUGCCUGCCCUGGCAGGGGAGAUCACUUCCCAACCCGAGUCGCCGACGACGCCGAGUGCGCCACAGGCUCGCCAAGCUAGUCCACGAGCGGGGCUGAACCGCACACGCCGCCGACCGUCGAUCCGACAUCAGCUGUCCAUGUCUGGAGAGUCUGACCUCGAUGCACAACAGGAGGAGCUGUCAAUGGACGCUGUAGCAGCGGCAGGCCCAGCUGCGAACGAGCCCAUUGUCGGCAUCCAGCAAGACAUGGACCUGUCUGCCAUUGUGGACAACGCAGAGAUGAUGGAUGCUGGCACAACACCUGUUCCUCUCGCAGCACCCUCUGAUGCAGCAGACGAGAACAACGAGACCUUCAACAUCACACACCGACCUGCACUUGACGGCAGUUUGAUCAACCUGACCAACACCCCGCCUACCGCUGCUACCAUUGCAGGCUUCUCCCCUAUGCAGCCCGCCAUCAACGUUGCGAACGCAAACCCUCCACCGCCUUGGUACCCUCGCUACUCGCAAGACCGCAACGCCACAGCUGGCGUGCUCGCUGCCAUGCCCCGUGAUGAGGACGUUCUGAUGUCACUGCAGCUGUUGGCGUAUGUUUCGAAGUACUGCAACCUCCGGAACUACUUCCAACAAUCCCACCUUGUCCCCAAGCUAAAGAUUGGAUCCGACCUGCAAUUGCUGGACGGAGAAGUCCCCGUACCCAAGACCGAGGAGGAAGAGGAGGAGGAACUUGAAGAGUACGAGCUUCCAGACGAUUUCAACAUCUUCCCUCUUGUCGAACAGUUCACUGUUCGGCAUCACACAUCCGACAUGCAGUACUGGGCAAGCGUUGUUAUGCGCAACCUCUGCCGGAAAGACGACUCCCGAGGCGGCAUCCGCCAGUGCGCAUACUACCAGUGCGGUCGCUGGGAAGAAUACACACGCCAGUUCGCCAAGUGCCGUCGCUGUCGAAGGACAAAGUACUGCAGCAAAGAGUGCCAGAAGAGCGCGUGGGUAUUCCACCGCCACUGGUGCGUAGCUGCCACCUAG